AUGCUGUAUACUUUAGCAGGAGGAGGCACCCUCUGCGGCGUGGCCGCCCUCGUGCUUCUCAUAGUUUCUACAGCGACGGACUUCUGGAUGCAGUAUCGAUACUCUGGCAGCUCGGCCAAUCAGGGGCUUUGGAGAUUCUGCAUCAACCACAAAUGCCACGCCCACACCAUCACUGUAGCCUUCUGGGAUGCCACACGGGCCUUCAUGCUGCUGGCAGUGCUGAGCUGUUUUGCUGGCGUGGUGCUUGGACUGAGCGCUUUCACUAACGGCACCAAGAACAGGAGAGUGCGCACAGGUGGCAUCGCCCUGGUCCUGUCAGGUUUUCUCGCUCUGCUGGCUUUGGCAAUUUACACUGGUGUGACUGUUACCUUCUUUGGCAAACGCUUCUUGGACUGGCGCUUUUCCUGGUCCUACAUCAUAGGCUGGGUUGCCAUUAUUUUGGCCUUUGCAGCAGGCGUGUUCCAACUCUGUGCCUACCAGCGGACCACUGCAGAACCUGCUCCCUCCAAUAACCCGGAGAGCUGAACAGCACUAACGCACUGCUCCGCUUGCAGACUGUUGCUGCUUUUGAGUACCUAGG